AAGCAUAACUAACUUUAAGCUAGCAUCAAGCUUAGAUAACUCAGCCUAGCCAAGAUGGCUGCUUCCACGCCUUACCUGAUCAUACUCUUGUGUGCCGCCAGCCUCCUACAGGCGUCGCUCACGGCAGCGAACCCACCACCACCGCCACAGCAGCCGUGGCGGCUGCCGGAAUCCGAGUCGAGGGCCAGGUUUUCCAGGUGGAUGACCAAGUACUCGAAGACCUACGCGAACGAAGAGGAUAAGGAGAAGCGGUUCGGGGUCUUCAGGGACAACCUCAACCAGAUCGGCGCCUUCAGCGCCCAGACCAGUACCACCGUCGUCGUUGGGGGGUUCGGGCCGCAGACCAUCACGACUGUCAGGGUGGGCAUGAACAGGUUCGGGGAUCUCGAACCCGCCGAGGUCGCCGCGCAGUUCACCGGGUUCAACAGCACCGGCUUCCAGUCCGCGCGCCCCACCUUCCUUCCUUACGACUCCGCGAAGCCGUGCUGCGUCGACUGGCGCUCCAGCGGCGCCGUCACCGGCGUCAAGUUUCAAGGCCCUUGCUUGUCGUGCUGGGCGUUCGCGGCGGUAGCGGCUAUCGAAGGCAUGAACAAGAUCAGGACUGGGGAGCUGGUUUCUCUGUCGGAGCAGGAGCUCGUGGACUGCGACACCGGGAGCAGCGGCUGCGGAGGCGGCCGCGUCGACACCGCCCUGGACCUCGUGGCCGGCCGCGGCGGCAUCACGUCGGAGACGAAGUACCCGUACAGCGGAUUCAACGGCAGGUGCGACGUCGACAAGCUCCUCUUCGACCGCGACGUCGCCGUCAAGGGCUUCAAGGCCGUGCCGAUCAACGACGAGCGGCAGCUGGCGCUGGCCGUGGCGCGGCAGCCCGUCACGGUGUACAUCGACGCCAGCGCCUGGGAUUUCCAGUUCUACUCCAGCGGCAUCUACCGCGGCCCCUGCUCCGGCGACCCGGCCAAGGUCAACCACGCCGUCACCAUCGUCGGCUACUGCGAGGAGUUCGGCGAGAAGUUCUGGCUCGCCAAGAACUCGUGGAGCAACGACUGGGGCGAACAGGGAUACAUCAAGCUCGCCAAGGACGUGCCCUGGUCCACCGGCACCUGCGCCCUCGCCAGCUCGCCUUUCUAUCCCACUGCUUGACCGACGACGCCUCCAGCUUACUCAGGCGAGCCUUGCUUACGCCAAGCAUAUACUAGUGCAUAUUUCUAGUUUUGCGAGAAAGUAUAUAGUGCAUCAAUUAAUCGAUCAUGCGGAUGAGAUCGAUGGAUGUGGGUAUUGUAUAAUUUUCGUUGUGAUCAUGCAAGACAAAAUCUUAACAAUAUGUAGAGUAUUAUUACCUUUGAUCAAUCAAUAAAUCAGCUAGUAUUGUUUGUUA